AUGGCAGUCAAGGAGGUGCCGCCAGAAGGCCGCAACCUGCCAUCCGUCUACGUCAAGAUGGAUCUUUGGCAGCUCGGAAGCUCCGCAGUUCAGGGCCAGAGGGCCUGCUCCAAGUCCUCACGUAUCCUGGAUGACGAACGCCACCACCGCAAGGCCUCUGGCCGUCGGCAAUAUGUUUCUCAUGGAGUGUCUAUUUUCUUCUUCACCAUCCCCACCUUUUCAAGAUGUCUUCUGAUUUGCUUCGAAAGUCUCCGGGAGGGCCAAGAGACCCCUACCCCUCUGUUUCGAUCGUUCGCACCCCGGACUAGCGCCGACCACCUCGGCUUGAGGAUCAAGUUUACGGCAUGGUGCAGUCAGAUCUUCCUUGUGCCGGCCAUUGAUGUCUUGAUAGCCGUCUAUGUACCCUACUUGAUCCGGCUCCAGUGUCUCACCGAUGCAAAUGUCUCUAUCGGUGAUGAUGCCCGCGACGUCCCUGUUUUCGCCUGCGUCUCAGGAGACGUGCAGUCGGUGCAGCAGCUCGCAGUAGUGGGAUCUCUUUUCCGACAGGGUCCCGUUGGUCUCUUCGUUGAUCAUUUCGGUGCGGUAGAUCUGGACCCAGAGGCCAAUCUCGGACGGCAGCUCGCCGGGACGAGGCCGCGACAGGAUUAUGGCAAGCUGGAGGUGCGUCUGCGGCAGCACCGUCUCGAGGAGUUUUGGGUCGUGGAUUUCGUCUCCCUUGAUGGUCCUGUGAGCCCAGCCGAACUCUGGACGCUUAAUGCGGCAUCCUGGGAGCAAGAUGAAACCUGGCGCCUCUUGUUCCGACGGAACGCCGUCAUGCUCGGCACCGUCUUCACCGGCGCCUUCAUCUGGGAGAUUGGCUACAACACGCAAAUGAACAAGCUCUGGGACAGCAUGAACCGCGGCCGCCAAUGGAAGGACAUCCGCCACAAGUACGUCGAGGCCAGCGACGAUGACGAGUAA